GUCGAUUCUCCUCCAAACUAUAAGUAGCCCCUCGGGUUUCGCCAUUUCCUACAUCGGUAACCGAUCAAAGGUUUCUUUCUCUCAGUUUCGUGUUCAUCAAGGUUGAAUCUUUAAUCGCCAAGGAAUCAGAAUCAGGGAUGACGAACCAGAAUGUGGUAGUGCCGGACACUAUUGGCAUAGCUAUACCGGCUGUUACCAAUUCAACUCCUCUGUUUCCUUACCCGCUGCCGAAGGCCGCGAGCAGCGGCUUCUCCGUUCGCCGAAAGUUUCUCCCGCAUCUGGAACUAGGCAGCAACGCGAGUAGGCUUAAUGUGUGGGUUGAUUCCAUGAAAGCCUCCUCUCCGACCCACGCGAAGGCGUCGGCGGCGCUAGCCGCCUCUCACUCGGACACUGGCCCAACCUGGAUGAUGAGGCAGCCCUCGGCGCUGAGCAUGUUCGGGGAGAUCACGAGAGCAUCGAAAGGAAAGCAGAUCGUUAUGUUCCUCGACUACGACGGCACUCUCUCUCCCAUCGUCGACGACCCUGACCGCGCCUUCAUGUCUGACGCGAUGAGAGAUGCAGUGAGAGAUGUGGCGAGGUACUUUCCGACGGCGAUUGUUAGCGGGAGGUGCCUUGACAAGGUGUACAACUUUGUGAAGUUGGCAGAGCUCUGCUACGCUGGUAGUCAUGGGAUGGACAUAAAAGUCCCAGCAAACAGGCCCAGCUUCAUGAAAGCUAAUGCCAAGGCAGUUCUAUGCCAACCAGCAAGCAAGUACCUUCCCAUGAUUGGUAAGGUUUAUAAGAUUUUGCUGGAGACAACCAAAUCAACGCCUGGAGCGAAGGUGGAGAACAACAAAUUUUGUUUAUCAGUACACUUCAGAUGUGUGAACGAGAAGAGAUGGAGUGAUUUAGCUGAACAAGUUAAGUUAGUGCUGGAGGAGUACCCAAAGCUUAAGCUUACUCUAGGAAGAAAGGUAUUAGAGAUUCGCCCCACCAUCAAAUGGGACAAAGGAAAGGCCAUGGAGUUCCUGUUGGAGUCUCUUGGUUUUGCCAAUUGCAAAGAUGUGUUCCCUGUUUAUAUCGGCGAUGAUCGAACCGAUGAAGAUGCUUUCAAGGUUCUGAAAGAUAGGGGACAAGGGUUUGGCAUACUUGUUUCUAAGAUCCCAAAGGAAACAAACGCCUCUUAUUCUCUUCAAGAGCCUUCUGAGGUUAUGGAUUUCCUACAACGGCUAGUGGAGUGGAAGAGAUUUUCCCUUCAGUCUUGUCCGAAUGUGUAAAUUGGAUAGAUAUGUGCCCCACCACCACCACCUCUUGAAAGCUAUGGGUGUGGAUUUGGAGGGGAUGAGUAUGUAUUUCCUGUUAUCGGAAGAUAAGAGUACUCUGUACUUUUCUUCGUUUAGCCUCUUGGCCUCUUCUAGGGGCUUUCUUGGGCUUGAAACUAAGCAUUGUAAGCUUGCUUUCUUGCCCAUCCACAUAGAGCUACGUAUUUGUAAUUAGUUCUGUGUAAAAUGGUUAAAGAAGCAAUAGUAAUCGUUCGUUUUGUUC